UCUUCCUCCAUACUCCUCCCUGCCCCCCUCUCUCUCUCUCACUCACUCUCUCCGGCAUCAAUGUCGUCGCUGUUCCUUCCUCUUUCCAUCUGACUGUCAUCGUCUCCUCACGGCAACGAUGUCGUCAGUUUAGCAGGAUUUUUCUUACAUAACCACCAUGGACAAUAACGGAAGUCCCAAAUCUUGGAAAAAACUCGCUUUCUUGAUUCGCAUAACUUGUGCCACCUCAGGGCAUUCGUUAUACACAAUGAAAUCGUAAUGACCAGUACCGGCCAAUCGACAUGUACAACGAUAACCGUAGCUACACCGAUUACGAAGACAGCAUCUACCCCGAUCGCAAUCAGUUUUUUCUAGAUGGUGAAAGCGUCAACCAGUCCGUUGUAUCGUCUCUGCGUGGUAUUAGCCGAGAUAGCUUCUGCAUGUCUACUGCACACAUAGCUGAAGACCCCCUGGAACUUCUGGAGUGUGGGGGAAUUAAUGAUGAAGAACAAGGAUCAUAUUAUCCUGAAGUGGAACCCGUCCAGCGCACCGUUGACUCAGCAGGUGCCGUGUCUGUUGACACACAGGACAGUGGACUUUUCAAAGACUCUCCACUUCCUUGUGGAAAUAUACAAUUUUGGUCCGAGUCUACGGACCCAACAGAUUUCCAAUCGAAGAAGCAUUAUGUUUGUGUCCCAACCGAUACAUCUGUGGAAGAUCUGGCAGACUUUAUGGGCCUUUUCUGGCGGAUGCGCAGUCCUAAAAUUGUGCUCUCUGUUGUCUCAGGAAUCAAGCAUUUUAAAGGCUGGAAAAACCCCAAACUCAAAGAACAAUUUCAAAAGGGAAUUAUCAAGGCUGCAAACACUACAGAACUUUGGAUAAUAACAAAUGGUGUUGAUGGUGGUAUUGCCAAGACAAUUGGUGAUGCCAUUCAUGAAGAGAAAAUCCACCGAAUCAGUAACCGUGUCCAACAGGCAUAUGCAUCAAUUCAUGCAGAACAAUGCCAUCGUUUACCCAAACUAACUGUGAUUGGAAUAAUGCCAAAACAUUGUAUUUCCUAUGAGAGUUCCUUUGAUGGUUUGUAUGAUGGCCCAAUUGUGAUAAAAAAUGAAGGUCACAAACCAAACUCCAACUGCUAUGACCUGAAUCCUGACCAUACCCACCUCAUUCUUGUGGAAGACGAAGUUGGAGAAAGGUCAAUAUUUACUCAUUUUCGUUGUUUGUUAGAAUACAGAUUAGGGUCAGAACUCGGACGACCUCAUCGCUUCAAGAGAUUCUUCAGUAAUGAAUCGUUUGAAAUGGAAAUGCAAACAGAAACACCUGCAGCUUCGGUUCCGGUUGUUGGUUUAUUAGUUCAAGGAGGACCAAAAAGCAUCGAUCAUAUUCUCUUCUUCCUGAAAAACAAGAUGCCUGUGUUGGUGCUGAAAGGAAUCGGUGGAGCGGCAGAUCUUGUAGCUUAUACCUACGAAGAAUUGCAAGAAAGAAGUGACCAGGACUUUACCGAUAAUUCCUUGAAACCAGAACUGAUUAAAAGAAUUUCAAAAACAUUCCCCGAUGACUUCAAAGAGAACGAUAUUGCCAGAAAUGCAUUUCGUGACAAGAUUUUAGAAUGUGUCAAAUAUUCUCAAGAGGGCGAACAAACAUUCCUCACCUUCGUCAACACAAAAGGAUGGGAUUCCAACCUGAAGGACCUUGAUAAAUAUAUUCUGAAGGCUUUAUUCCGAUCUAAAAUCCUUUCCGGGUCGCAAUGGCGGGAACAGUUAUACAAAGAUUUACAGCUGACCUUGGACUGGAAUCGACCUGAUCUGGCUUGCUCGGAAAUAUUCCAAAGAGAAGAAUUUGGCAAAUUAAAAAUUGAUAAAAACCUCUUUGAUCAGUCGCUGCAGAGAAAAGAUCGUGAAGAUUUUGUAGAACUUUUUCUCGAUCAGAACUUCCAAGUUCAUAAAUUCUUGAAUCAUAAAAAACUGAAGCUUCUCUUUGAAAAAGCUGAAGAGCGAGAAUUCUUCUACACAACCUGCUUAGAAGGUGCUCUGGGCAAGAAUUUCCAAUCAAGAGAUCAGCCUUUGGCUGCCAACUUCUUGGACACAGAUUUGAAUCGUCUCAUUUACAAACUGUGUGGAAUCAAAGACUUUGUCCAGCCCUGUGAACUCUCCAUGAACUCCCUAGGGUUGUAUGUCCUAGACCCUGUUGUUGCUGAAAGAAAGGCCAUCAACUGUCUCAUAGUCUGGGCUGUCCUUAUGAAUCGUAAUAAAUUAGCCAAACUGUUAUGGGGGAGAUCGGACGAUCCCAUCCCCAUUGCACUUAUCUGCAGUGACAUCUACAAGCGAAUGGCUACCUUUUCAAUGGAACUCUACCAACGCUGUGAGAUGGAACAGAAUGCCAGUGAGUUUGGUAAAAUGGCUCUUGGCACUUUAGACAUCAGCUUCCGAGACUCCAGUGCUCAGGCCUACAGCAUGCUCAGUCGACCAUUACCAGACUUUAAUAAUAAAACAGCAAUUGAAAUCGCACACGACUCUGGUUACCUCCAUUUUAUUGCUCAUCCUUGUUGUCAGAAGUGGUUAACCAAGAAACUAUUUGGAUCAAUCCAAGUUAAAGAACUCGACUGGGGAGUAUUCAGACUUCCUUAUUGGUUCAAGAUUCUGGCCAGUGUAUUUCUGGUGCUACCAAUGUAUAUCUGGAUUGCCUUUGUACCAAGUAAUACCAACCAAAGCAAGUUAAAAGUAGAUAUUGAUCUCAGAGAAGAGGAGAUUGAUGAAGAGAGUGGCAGUGACUCCAGUGAAGAUAACAGACUUCCACAGUCAAAGUCAAUGUUGGAGAAAGAAUUCCGUCGGAAUGGGAAACGGUCCGUAGGAGCCAGGUUGAGAACAGCUUUGAGAAGGAAACGCAAAUUGAAAUUGCCAUUUUGGAGGCAGAUUUACCUGUUGUGGAAUUCACCAAUCACCAAAUUUUGGAUGACUCAGGUGUUUUAUUUCAUCUACCUCGGUAUCUUUAGUUUGGCUGUGCUGUGGCCCACCUGUGGAAAUAUAUUGCUAGACCUUAUUGUUUGGUUAUGGACGCUGGUUAUAGUCACAGAAAUUGCUCGACGAACAUAUAUAAAACAUCAGAAAUACAAAGCAUUAUCAUUACUCGGACACUGUGUGGAGAUUAUCUUAAUAUUGGUGUUCUUAAUACUCUACCUGAUUUUGCGGAUUAUUCCAAACUGGGUGAAUUUCUCCGAUUUUAUCACAGCGAAGAUUGUCAUGGCUAUUGGUUUGAUCUAUUUUUUCUAUCGUCUGCUUGGUGUAUACCUGCCUAUUAGUCCAACGCUCGGACCGAAUUUAGUACGUAUUGUCAGAAUGGUGAAGCAUGAUUUUGUGGCCUUCAUCAGGAUGUUCUUGAUAUUCCUCUUAGCUGGUGGUGUGACCACGCAAGCCGUCCUCUACCCAAACUAUCCUCUUGGCAUCCAAAUGUUAAAAAAUGUCUUGACACGUCCACUCUUUGCCUUAUUUUUAACACAAAUUCAGGAUUUAGAUGGUUUUAAAGACUGCACUCCUUUGUACAAAAAUAUUUCGCCAGGUUAUUGCACUACAAAAAAAACAUCAUCGCCAUUUGUUUCAGAUGCAGGAAUUGCUGCUGUUGCUACAUGUCCAUAUUCCAGUCUCGGGGGUUACAUCGUUGUGUUGCAAUAUCUCAUUAUAUGCAAAUUAAUUCUUACCACAAUUUUAUUUGCAAUGUUUGCAUUAACAAUUAGCAAAGUUGAUAAUGAAGCUUCUUCCAUAUGGAAAUUCCAGCGUUAUGCUUUAGUUGUUGACUUUGAAGAACGGCUCUGUUUCCCGCCGCCUCUCACCUUCUUAAGUUAUUUUGCAAUGCUUAUCCGGCUUAUUUACCGCAAAAUGAAGAAAUGUAAAAGAAAUUGCGAAUUCUUCUGCAAAUGCUGGAAGAAAUCAGCUUUGCCUGAAGCUUCUUCUUCGUCGCAUCGAGCUAGUCAACGUCUGAAAAGAUCAGAAGAUUACAGCUACUGGAAGAAAUGUGCAAAAGAGUAUUCUUUAACUUUAGAAACUCAACAAAAGAUGUCUGAAUUCCCAAAGAAGCAAGCAGAAAUUGUUAACAAUUUAAAAGAUGAUAUGCAACUUCAAAAGAAGAACAUUAAACGCCUCAGUGAUCGUGUUGUGGAACUAGAGAGGGCGCUACAGACCAGUAGAAUAUACUUGGAAGAUAUCAAACAUAUGUUGGAUAAAUCCGAUGUCCAAGGUGUGUCCAGUACGAAAGGUCAGAGUCUCCAUGUUGCCUCACGACAGUCUCCCUACCCUGGAACUAAACUUGCUCGAUUCCCAGUCUUUGAUAAAUAUGUGCCUUGGGAAAGUAUUUACGAUGUGUAUGAUCCUAAAACAUACACCAAACCAAAAGACCAAUUUCUGGAAUAUGAAAUUGUGUUUGUUGAUGAAGAUAUCUUUGAGUUACGGGCCCUUGAAGAACUCCGAGCCCAAAUGACAGAAGAAGAAAGAGCUGAACAACCUGCACUCCCUAAUUUCCGACCAAUGUGGAAUGCAGUGGUUACAUAUCGACAAGGAAAUGCUACACGAGAGGUAGACCGGAGGUCUUGGAUAACAAUAGAUUCUCAGCCUGUCCGAUAUAAAUUAGAUCCUUCUGGAGUUCCUCAAAAUCCAAUGGGUCGCACGGGUAUUCGAGGUAAAGGUUCAUUAUGGCGCUGGGGUCCCAAUCAUGUGAUUCGAGGUGUUGUGACCAGAUGGAGACGCAAAUAUACUGCAGAUUUUCAGCCAACCAACUAUCUCUAUGUCGAUGGGAAACGAGUCUUGGAGUUUAUUGCUGUACGGAAAGAAGAUGCAGAUGAAUACCUCUUUUGUUUACCUGGGGAUGCCCUUCAUGGCUUGACAUCCCCUUACAGUACGAUGUGUGAAGCAUUUAUGAAAUCUGUAUUUGAUGAACAUGAUGUUGAUUCGAAAACUGAACUUGACCAAACUGACAUGAUCCAGUUUUAUGCCCAGUUUGCGACUUCGACUCACUGUCCCCGCAGUUCAGCAUCACUGUCCAGUCCAUCCCGCUCGACCAGUCAGACAAUGCUGCCAAUGUUGUCUGGUUCAAGAACAAGUCUUCGCACAGAACAAGAUAACCAGGGCUUCUCAGCCUGUCUGCUUUACAAAGGUUACGUUGAUGAUCCAAGAAAUACGGACAAUGCAUGGGUAGAAGCUGAAGUCUGGAAUUUUCACUAUGACUUUGCAGACACCUUUGAUAGUCGUAUACUAGAAGACGCCAGUGUGAAGUGGAAAGAAGUGUCCCCGUAUGUGAAGUUGGUCGGGAAUGAAGCUGUUAUUGUACAGGAAGCUGCCAGAAUCCAUGAUGCUUACAACUGAUGGGUGGGGGUGUAUGAUGGGGGAUUGGGAUGA